AUGCAGCUUGCAACACACCUGGCCGGUUUUCUUCUCGUCGCCCAAUACGCGACUUGUUUAUCUGUCACGGAAAGCCUUGACCUUUCACACCUUUUGCACCGUUCGGUUAACACCCACCUACCGAAUGAUAAAGCAGUGGAUUGUCGCCAGAAGUUCAAGACCGACGUUUGGACGGGAUGCGACGAUGUCCUUGCCCAAUUCCAACUGACGCUGAAAGAAUUCAUGCUUGCGAACCCCACCAUCGGGGAUGCAUGUGAUGGUUUCGUGCCUGGGGAGACCUAUUGUGUUGCUUUCAAUGUACCACGUAACGUCACUGAAGAUGGUAAUUGUGGUGAUAAGAUCAACUUCUCCAAGACGUGCGUCGGAAGUGACUUCGGCGACUGCUGUGGCCUCGAGGGAAAGUGUGGCUCCAGUAAGGAAUUUUGUGGCGACAACUGUCAAGACGGCAACUGUUCGGGCGGUACAGUAAGGACUUCAUCCAUCACAGCGAAACCAUCGGCGACAAAGGCGCCGCUCUCCAUCUCUACAAAUGGGGAUUGUGCCUACAAUAGCGGCUUUACAUGCAAAGGCUCUAAAUUCGACGACUGCUGCUCGGCUGCCGGCUACUGCGGAGACGAUGAGUAUCAUUGUGAUAAAUAUCUAGGCUGUCAACCAGAGUUCGGAAAGUGUACUUAG